AUGACCUAUAGCUCUUUUGAUGACGAUGCAGAUCAACCUCGGAUAAUUGACCCAUUGGAACCAACUUGGCACGACGCCCCCACUCCUGGAUAUUUCGGUAGAACAUCCGAGACGUCGUAUUCCCCCAGCCCUACCCCGUAUCGUGCCACGGGUCAGCCACAGUCGGAUCAACUCAAUUUUCUACCAUUUGCCGAACGGGAAGAAGGUGGCGAAUACGAUGAAGAGCCGCCGAGAUAUGUCAGCUACACAAUCGAAUGGAAGCUUAUACUCAACCGCAAGACGGUAGGUAGAGUGACCGAAGAAGAUUUGGUUGUAGCUCCUAGCGAGUAUUGGGAGGAGACUCUGAAAGCAGCAGUUGAAGAUAUGCUGCAAAUGAAAAAGAAACGUCAUCAGAGAGUUCGAUCUGAGGGCACAGCUAUCAUGAUGAAAUCGAGUGACCGGUCCUAG